CAUACUGUACCUGGAAAUUUGUAAAACAACGCGACUUGGUUGGUUGUACACGCAAUACCUACCUAGCUUCACAUAGUUAAAUGCCAACACAAAUACAAAUGCGCGAACCGCCCGCCUCAUGACAGAUCUGUCACGGAUCCUGCCGGACUUCCCGAUCGGCCGCUAUGCCAACCUGCUACCCACUAUCGAGAAGCAUGGCCUAACCACCGCCGAUCUGCUCGCCCUCGAGGCCCCGGAUAUAGGCAAGCGCACUCAGCUAGCUCUCCUAGAUGUCAAACGCCUCUGUAAUGCCAUACUCGAGGCCUUGCACGUCGACCUGGGUAUCUCCGACAAGCCGCAGCCGAAGACGGACGAGGCAAAAAAGGGUAAAGGCACAGGCAUAGGUACGAGUGUACUGAAGCAAACCGGCACGGAACUCCUCGCCACCCCUCAGCAUGCCAUCAGCACCCUAGACGACGAGCUCGACCGCGCCCUCGGCGGCGGCAUCCCCACCGGCUACAUCACCGAGAUCACCGGCGAAAGCGGCGCCGGCAAGACCCAAUUCCUGCUGACCCUGCUCCUCGCGUGCCAGCUGCCUCCGCCGCGGGGUCUCGGCCGCCCCGCCCUGUACGUCUCCACCGAAGCCCCUCUGUCGACCCGGCGGCUCUCGCAGCUGCUCGCGCACAACCCGUACCUGCGUAACCUGCCCCCGGCGUCCAAGCCAUCUCUCGACGGCAUCGUCGGCACCGUGACGCCGGACCUCGAGUCGCAGGACCACAUCCUGCACUUCCAGGUGCCCGUCGAGGUCGCGCGGCGGCACGUGGGGCUAUUGGUCCUCGACUCCGUCGCCGCCAACUACCGCGUCGAGUUCGAGCGCGGCGCCUCCGUCGCGAGCGGCGCUAACCUCGCCGCCCGCUCCCACGAGCUCCUGCGCCUCGGCACCUUGCUGCACGACCUCGCGCGCACCCACGACCUCGCCAUCGUCGUCGCGAACCAGGUCGCCGACCGCUUCGCCGCCCCUGCUAAGACCAUCGCCGGCGGGGUUGCAUCCUCGCACCAUUCGCUCCCGCGCGUAUCCCAAGAAAGCCCGCUCGCAUCCCGGAGCCGGGGCAUGCCGCUUAUCCCCCCGGGCCUCGAACCCCCCAGCAGCAGCAACGGCAUCGACGCCACCACCGAGCUCCAACUCCUCCGCUCCAGCAUGCCGCCCCCGCCCCCCACCGAAGACCCCCCGGCGCCCGCAGCCCUGCUCCUCGACCACCAGCAGCGGUGGUUCACCGGCUGGGGCGACGACCCCCACCCGCACCACCACAACCUGAAGACGCCGUCCCUGGGCCUCGUCUGGACGACGCAGAUCGCCGCGCGCAUCGCGCUGUUCAAGCGGCCCGUGUACGGGCGACAGCGGGAAGUCGUCGAGGAUGAGGAGGGCCAGACGACGACGACGAUGAAGAAUUGGCGGCGCUGGAUGAAGGUUGUUUUCGCGCCGCAUGUGCGGGGUACGGGGCCCGGGCUGGAGGGCGCGGUGGAGUUCGAGGUUACGAUGGGGGGGUUGAGGAGUUUGGAGAGGAAGGGGAAGGGGAAGGAAAAGGGAAAAGAGGAGGAGAUGGCGACGGCUACUACCAAGGUGGCUUAGGUUACUCGGAUUCAUGAGAUUGUACUCCAUCGAUGGGAUAUGAACUGGGUUAGGUUAGGUAGGGUGGUAAGAUAUUAUGAAUGAAUGAAUUACCGAUGAACCUUGACGACUGGGUAAAUAAAUCCUUUAUACAACAAGUACAUCACAUCACAUCUAUCUAUCAGAAGAACUUGAAAAUUAAA